CACCCAGCCAGCACCCACAUUCAUUCUCCAUUCUUCAUUCAUUCCAAAAACUAUGCAGUUCACCCUCGCCACGCUCCUGAGCGUGCUCGCGGCCACCGCGACCGCUCACACCACCGUGUACAGCGUCUACGUCAACGGCGUAGACCAGGGCGAUGGAAGAAACACCUACAUCCGCUCGCCGCCCAACAACAAUCCCGUGAAGGAUGUGACUUCCUCCUCGAUCCGUUGCAACGUCAACAACCGUGUUGUCCCGAACUGGGUCAGUGCCAAGGCCGGUGAUACGUUGACCUUUGAAUGGUACCACGACGCCCGGGGCGACGAGAUCAUUGCGAGCUCCCACAAGGGUCCGGUGAUGGUGUACAUCGGAACCGAGGAUGGCAGCGCCUGGACCAAGAUCGCGGCUGAGGGCCUCAGCGGAGGUGUCUGGGCCGUCGAUAAGCUCAUCGCCAACAAGGGAAAGCACACGGCCACAAUCCCGUCGUCGCUGAAGCCCGGAAACUACCUGUUCCGUGCCGAGAUCAUUGGCCUGCACGAGGCCGAGACGAACUACAACACCAACAGCGCCCGUGGUGCCCAGUUCUACCCUUCGUGCUCGCAGAUCACGAUCACCUCCGGUGGCUCGACAUCUCCCCCGGGAGGCAACACAUUCCCCGGAACAUACACGGCCACCGACCCGGGUAUCCUGUUCAACCUCUACAGCAACCCCACCAGCUACCCCAUCCCUGGAGGAGCCGUCUGGUCCGGUUAGAUUCGCCCUUUCUGUUCGUGACGGAUUCUAGUGGACGGUGGGCGGGCCGUUGUUUGAAACAACACAGGCGCGCUAGUUGGGGAGUAUGUAAAUGUAUUGUAGGGUGUAUUAUUAACUUAUGUUUCAAUAAAUGGCCG